AUGGCGACAAACAACAUCGUGGUUCUGGGGGCUGGUGUGUCUGGCCUGACAACCGCAUAUCUACUAUCUCAAGACCCUUCAAACAAGGUCACUGUGCUAGCAAAGCAUAUGCCCGGAGACUAUGACAUCGAAUAUGCAUCUCCAUGGGCGGGUGCCAAUUACAUGCCGAUGGGAGCAAAAGAGAGUAACCACGCAGCAUGGGAGCGUGCCACCUGGCCUGUAUUGAAAUCAAUUACGGAGAAGUAUCCGGAGGCUGGCAUCCAUUUCCGAACCGCUCUGAUCUAUAAUCGCAAGAAAGACCCUACAGACAAUCCCGCUGCGUUCUUCUCGGACUUGGUGGAGCCCAAUCCGUGGUACAAGGAUGUCGUGCCAGACUUUAAACCCAUUCCAUCUGAUCAGCUAGCACCUGACAUGGACAAUGCGCAAGAAUUCACAUCUGUCUGCAUCAACCCACCAGUCUACUUAGCCUGGCUAGUCGGCCAAUCUGUGAAGAAUGGCGCCGUGUUCAAGCGCGCUAAUUUCAAGCAUAUUGUUCAUGCAGCCAACGCCCAUCAUACUGGCCAGAAGGCCGAUGUCGUGAUCAACUGCACUGGUCUAUCAUCCAAGUUCCUUGGCGGUGUCCUCGACGAGAAACUGUAUCCAGCUCGCGGCCAGGUUGUCGUCGUUCGCAACGAUCCAGGGCCAAUGGUCGCCGUCUCCAAGACCGAUGAUGCGCCAGAUGAAGCCACUUAUUUGAUGACUCGAGCCGUAGGUGGUGGUACCGUCCUCGGCGGAUCUUACCAAAAGCACAAUUGGGAUGCGACGCCCGAUCUAAGUCUUGCAAAUCGUAUCAUGACUCGUGCUAUUGCAAUCGCUCCAAGCCUCGUGGAGAAAGGAAAAGGAGUUGAAGGACUGGAUAUUAUUCGACAUGGUGUUGGUUUGCGCCCUCUAAGAGAAGGUGGUCCUCGCAUUGAGAAAGAGAAGAUCGACGGCGUCUCAGUUGUUCACAAUUACGGCCACGGUGGCUUUGGCUACCAGGCUUCAUUUGGUUGUGCAAAUACCGCUGUAUCUUUGAUUCAGGAGGUUUUGCGCGAAAAGUCACGGGCCAAGCUCUAG